AUGGGACGCCGUUCAUCAAAAUGCUGCUGUAUUUAUGAGAAAACUCAGGCCUUUGGUGAGAGCUCCACUGAGAGUGAGGAAGAGGACGAGGAAGGCUGUGCCUUCCUCUGUGUAAGGGGCCACCGCAAAGGACAGAGUCACGCAACACCACAACCGACCCCUACUCCUCCUCCUCCUCAGCCUCCAGACCCCUCCCAGUCCCCUCCAGGGCCAAUGCAGCACUAAAUUCCUCUUUCCCCCCAUCAUUCCUGUGUCUGUCUGGCCCUGAAUGUAUCCAUGUGGCUACCUGGGGGCUAGAUCCAUGGUUUGAUUUCU